AUGCGUCGUCCCGGUCAAUUUAAAAUGGUUCUAUUGGGUGAAUCGGCUGUUGGAAAAUCUUCUCUAGCACUCCGAUUUGCUAAAGGACAAUAUCAAGACCAUGCUGAAAGUACUAUUGGUGCUGCUUUUCUCACACAUACACUACAAAUCGAUUCAGACACUUCACUUAAGGUCGAGCUAUGGGAUACGGCUGGUCAAGAAAGAUAUCAUUCCCUUGCUCCAAUGUAUUAUCGUGGUGCACAAGCUGCACUUGUCGUAUACGAUAUAACAAAUAGUGAGUCUCUUCGUCGAGCUAAAAUGUGGGUUAAAGAAUUACGUCAAGUCAAUGCUAGUGAUAUGGUUAUUGGUUUAGCAGGAAAUAAAGCAGAUCUAGCAACAGGAAACAAACGACAAGUAGAUACACGUGAAGUAGCUGACUAUGCUGAAGAGAAUGGUCUUAUUUUUAUGGAAACAUCAGCUAAACGAGGUGAUAAUGUAACGGAAAUAUUUAUGAAUGUUGCUAGACAAGUUGCUGCCAAACAACCAACAAGUACAUUAAAUAAACCGCAUGGUGCUUUUCCUCCGGCUAAACCGAAAAAAGAAAGUAGUACUUGUUGUGGUAGUGACAGUAAACCAUAA